AUGGCGAGCUGGUUCUCUUCGGCAUCUCCUCUCGAUGAACAAAUUGAGCGGGCCACGUCUUCUUCCUUGUACGUCUCUGUCUUCUUCCGGAAUGCAGUGUCAGACCAAAUUCAAUAUGCGGUCGACGAUGGAAUCAAUGCUGAUAAGAUCUUCAGGGAGGACAUCGCGCUCAACCUGGAAAUAUCGGACCUCAUACGGUCGAAAAGCGUUCAACCAAAGGAUGCUAUGAGGUCUCUGAAACGGCGACUGGAGAAUCGAAAUCCAAAUAUCCAACUGGCUACGUUGAAGUUAACAGAUACUUGUGUCAAAAAUGGCGGAUCUCAUUUCCUUGCAGAAAUUGCAUCGCGUGAAUUCAUGGAUAAUCUGGUAUCACUACUCAAGGCUGAAGGCGUCCCUCUCAAUAUCGAUGUUCGAGAAAAGAUGUUGGAGUUGAUACAGGACUGGGCUAUAGCAGCUCAGGGACGUAUGGAUCUUGCUUAUAUCGGGGAGACCCAUCGCAAACUACAGAGCGAGGGCUUUAGGUUCCCUCCUAGAACCGAGAUCUCCAGCUCCAUGCUGGAGAGCAAUGCGCCCCCGGAAUGGAUAGAUUCUGACGUUUGUAUGCGCUGUCGAACCCCGUUCACUUUUAUGAACCGUAAACACCAUUGUCGAAAUUGCGGAAACGUAUUUGACGCCCAAUGCUCUAGCAAGACUCUGCCACUUCCACACCUGGGAAUACUACAGCCAGUGCGGGUUGAUGAUGGGUGCUAUGCCAGGUUGACCUCAAAGACACUCACACAGUCAGACCGAUCAGCCUUCAAGAACAAUUCCGUUACGAUGUCUAGUACAAUGGAGCCACGUGGAGGAAGGGCGGAAGGGGGCUUCGACGAAGAUCUGCGCCGGGCAUUGCAGUUGAGCUUGGAGGAAGCCCAAACAAACAGUUCUGCUGGUUACGUUCCGCAAGCCAAACCAUCCCCAGCACCGGCGAAGCCCUUGCCUGACCAGACGGCCAUCGACGAGGCGGAAGAUGCAGAUUUAAAGGCUGCUAUCGAGGCAUCUCUACGGGACAUGGAAGAGCAUAAAAAGAAGCAUGCGGCUGCUUUGAAAAAUACUGCCACCACCAAGACUUCCUCUCGUGAUACUUCAACUGCAGCGUUACCCAAGAAUCCUUACGAACUCAGUCCAGUGGAGGCCGAGAAGAUCCACCUUUUUGCCACUCUCGUUGAUCGCCUGCAACAUCAACCGCCAGGUACUAUUCUGAGAGAGCCGGAGAUUCAGGAAUUAUACGAGAGUAUUGGAGCACUUCGACCGAAGCUUGCCCGGAGCUAUGGAGAGACUAUGAGCAAGCAUGAUACGCUUCUUGAUCUUCACGCAAAGCUUUCCACGGUGGUUCGAUAUUAUGAUCGGAUGUUAGAGGAGCGGCUAUCUAACGCAUACUCGCAACAUACGCUGGGAUACGGGCCGUUGGCGGGCGGGCCACAAUAUCCUAUUAUCUACCCUUCAAUGGGAGCUCAGGCACCAGAUAGGAAAGAUGGUGUCGAGAAUUUCUACUUCGGGGGUCCAGUUGCAGAUACCCGCAACCAAUCCGGCACGCCGUACGCACAGUAUCAACCGAAAAGAGAUAACUAUGAACAUGGCGGUGUUCCUGGUGAUGCUAUGAGCGUUGGAAAGCAGGCACUGCCCUCUCAGCCAGUACGGAAUAAUGUUGAUUCUCAGCCCUGGAGUGCCUAUUCACACACGGACACCCCUCAGCCGCCGAGCGGUAAUGGGCCAUUUGCUGCGGAUUCCUCAAGCGUUGCUGGACAAGUAACCCCCAAUUUCUAUUCUCCAUCAGCACAGCUAGAGCCGGAUGUUGGUCAAAGACAGCCUCCGCAACAGCGGGAAUUUGAGACACCAUAUCCGGCCUCUCCCAUCACACGCCGGGAUUCGCAAUUUCAGCAAAUGGGGCCUCCGUCAGCCCCUGGCCCUGGUGCGUCUGAACAGCAAGAUUCCCUGCAAUCUCCUGGAUAUAGGCCAUACCCAGAAACUCCGAAUAUGGCACCCACCGACAGGGCUCCUAUUCAGCCACAGCUAACGGGGGCUGCGGCGCAGCCUUACCAACUCCAACAACCACCGCAGUUGGCAGCAGCAUCGGGAUACCCGCAAGCCGUACUGAAUGGCUACGGAGCAUAUGCCGAUGCCCCGCCUACCGGGGUGCACCCAGCUGCACAGUAUCAACCACCGCCACAGCCAGUAGUGGAGGAGAGUCUCAUUGAACUUUGA